CCAAUGUGCUUGCUUGCCUGGAUGGGAAGGAACAUUUUGUGAAUAUGAAUCAAAUGAAUGUAAAUCAGAGCCUUGUAAAAAUAAUGGCACCUGCACAGAUCUUUUCAACAGCUAUGGAUGCACAUGUACAGCAGGCUGGACAGGGCCAGACUGCAGUGAAGAUAUAAAUGAAUGUGAUUCUGAACCAUGCUUAAAUGGUGCCACCUGUUACGAGUCUGUUAUCCAGGGACAAUUUGUGUGCAUUUGUCCUCCAUUUUAUACUGGUGACUUUUGCCAUCAGCCCUUCAAUCCCUGUGACCUUCCAUACAAUCCAUGCAUAAACAACUCAACCUGCUUGACACAAGUUGAUGGAAAUCCACUGUGCGUUUGCAAAACAGGAUUUGAAGGUACUUACUGUGAAGUCAACAUUGAUGAGUGUGCCUCCCAUCCAUGCCAGCAUCAGGGUCUCUGUGUGGAUGGGGUUAGCUAUUACAGAUGCUCCUGCCAGCAUGGCUUUACUGGAACACUGUGUGAAGUGGAGAUUAAUGAAUGUUUAUCAAGACCGUGCAAAAAUAAUGGAACUUGCCUAGAUCUCAUAAAUAGAUUCCUCUGUAAUUGUACACCUGGAUACUAUGGGUCUCUCUGUGAGAUGGAUGUAAAUGAAUGUGAAACUUUGCCUUGCUUGCAUGAAGGAAGCUGCAUCAACAGGCUUGGAGGCUAUCAGUGUUUCUGUCUCCCUGGGUUCACAGGUGAUAGAUGUGAAGUAAAUAUAGAUGAAUGUACAUCUACUCCUUGCCUCAACAAUGGAAGUUGCAUUGAUGAUAUCAAUUCCUACAAGUGUCACUGUAGGAGAGGUUUUGUUGGAACAAAGUGCGAGAUAAAUGUUAAUGAAUGCUUGCCAGACCCUUGUCUUCAUGGAAGAUGUAUCGAUCUCAUUGAUGGAUAUCAAUGCUCCUGUGAAUCAGGUUGGACCAGCUCAAGAUGUGAGAUAAAUAUUGAUGAAUGUGAAUCUGUUCCUUGCAUUAAUGGAGGUUCUUGUCAAGAUUUGGAUAAUGCAUUUGUUUGUGCUUGCCUGAGUGGAUACACUGGUGAAUUUUGUGAAGUUGAUAUUGAUGUUUGCAGUGAACCUGCACUGAACUCAGUUCUCUGCUACAAUGGAGGUAUAUGUGUUGAUGGACCCGGAAGAACUUUUCAUUGCAGGUGCCUUGCUGGAUUUUCUGGACAGUUUUGUGAAAUAGAAGUUAAUGAGUGUAAUUCAUCACCUUGUCUACAUGGUUCAACCUGUGAAGAUCAUAUCAAUGGAUACACUUGUAAAUGUCAGCAAGGAUGGGAAGGCCUCCACUGUGAGCUGGACAUUGAUGAGUGCAUAUCCAGUCCCUGCAUACAUGGCAUCUGUGUUCAGAGGGAACCCAGCUUCGGUUAUACCUGUUUUUGCAAGCCAGGAUUUGUGGGACGAAGCUGUGAGCUUAAUUACAAUGAUUGCCUUAUACAGUCCUGCUCCAUUGGGUUCCUUUGCAUUGAUGGAAUAAACAAUAUCACCUGUUUACCUACUAGCCCUCAAAGCAAGCAAACUGUCACUGAAAUGGCUGAAGUGUUUCCUACUGAGAUUUUAGAUAAUGACCUUUCAUCAGCCCUGUCUGUGUCAACGGAACUUUGGUCUAAACAUGCUACUCCUGAUUUUCAUGCAAAACAGGUGUCUCAAGGUAAUAUUGCUUCUUGA